AUGGGCAACUCCUGCUCUUCGAACAAGUCGGCCUCGCCGCCCUCAGUGACCAGUCGAAGCAGAGGCAGCCACAAAAAGGCGAGGAAGAAGAAGACCAAGAGUAGUGAGAACAAGUCGCCGGUACAGGUGGAAACAGCUGAAGAACAGCAACAGCAGCAACAGCAGACCGAUUCGCCCAAGGACUCACUGGAGAUCACUGCUGAGUCGCCGGCACCUGAGCCACCACCGCCGCCGCCGCCCAUCUUCAAGGUGCAGGUGAACGUGUACGCGCUGGAAGUGGUCAACGUGCACAUUCAGUACGGCUUCGGCAUCUUCCACACCGGCGUGGAGGUGCACCGCAAUGAGUGGGCCUACGGCGGCCACCAGUACGACCUGCCGGGCAUCUUUCGCAUGAAGCAGCCGCGCAAUCUCAAGUCGCUCAGCGACAUCGACGGCGUCUUCACCUUCCUCAAGACGCUGCCCAUGGGCACCACCGGUCGGACGCUGCCAGAAGUGGUCGAAGUGCUCCGUCACCUGGGCCUGAGCUGGCGUGGCAAGGACUACCACCUGUUCUACAAGAACUGCAACCACUUCACCAACGCCUUCCUCGGCGAGCUCUGCGGCGAGGGCGUCCGCCUGCCCGAGUGGGUCAAUCGCAGCUCGCGAGUCCUCUGCCGCUUUCCACUGGUCAUUGAGAUGAUCCCGCCGCAGUACCUGUCGCCGCCGGCGCUGCAGAACUCGGUGAAGAAGGAGCUGCGCCGGCAGACGAUGCGAGAGAAGAUGAAGGAGAAGAAGAGGAAGCUGAAGCAGAAGAGGAGGACUGCCAGCGGCGGCCGAGUCCGUGAAAAGUCUUCUUCGGCUGCCCUCACGCGAGCGCCCUCCUCCAGUGUGGAGAGUGACAUGUUCCAGUCGGCGCUGGAGCCGCCCAGCUCGCCAAAGUCGUCGAGGAAGAGUGCCGGCAGUAAGACGCACACCAGCCCCAAGGUUUCUUCAGAUUCGACCUCCUUUGCGAAGGCUCAGCUGGAGAGGUGUCUCAAAACGAUGUCGGCAAAGAAGAAAAAGAAGGAGCAGGAGCAAGUGGUCGAAGGUGGCGGAGGUGUUGAGGAGGCUCAAGAGGCAAAGGAGGAGGCAAAGGAGGAAGGUGAAGCGCCUCCUGCUGAAGAGUAG